UCAAUAUAUUCAAUAUAUAUUUCAGUAUAUUCCUUUAAGAUUAUGUAAUUAUUUAUUACCCAUUAUGGUUUAUCCCUGCACUGCUGAGGCAACAUCAGCUGAGACGGGUUUUUUUACGGGCACCACCCUGCUUGGAGGGGACCGGGAGAAUCGUUUCAUCUCCUCCGACAGCUCCAGCUAUCCAGCCUUCAGCGCGCGCACGCCCAUGAUAAAAUGAGUGCCUCGGACCGCUAACAGCACAACCUCAGCGCUGGGUUUGUCUCUGCAAUUGGAUAGAUUUCAAUCUGGACCAGGUGUUCUCAGUAAUAGGCUACUACACUACAUGGCUCCUUAGGGCGGAGUGGAUUCAACCCAUGUGAAGUUACUAUUUUUCAGACAGUCUUUUUCAUCAGCAAUACCAAUUCCUCGUGUUCAAAGGAAGUUAGAGAUAAAACGCCGGUGAUAAAGAUACAUUUCCCUUUGGACUUUAGAAGUUGUUGGGGGGAGUUUUUCCUUUUCAUAUAUUGUAGAUAUAUUUUGAAAUUGAUGUAGAGCAUUAUCUAUAUUCAUUUUGCUCUGGCGAACAGCAGCAAGACAGCUGAUGUUCCGUUUGUCAGCGUUUCUAUGUUAUCUGGCCGCGGUGAUUCUCAUGAACCUCAGCCAUUUCCCUCGGUAAUGUUCUUCUACCAGGGCCAAUGGAUGCAGAGCAACUGAUGCACGCUGGUAAGGUGCAAACCUUUGAUGCGUCCGUAUAUUUUUUUGUACUCUCAGAACACAGAUUUUUCAACUGCACAGCUCUGUCAAUUGAACAUUUUGACGGGGGUCUCUUGGACAUCCUCCACUAGGCUAUUAUUCGACGACCGCUAGGACUGGUAGGUGAAUGACUGGCUUUAUAAGGCUUCUUUAUCCAAAUCCACGUUCAGUGUGUUGAAUUGUUAAUUGUAGCUUUUUUAAACAUUUUAUUAAACACCAAGAUACCUUGUUUUAUUUCAAGUAAACAUUUAGAGCAACUUUUGGACUUCAAUCCACCAUCUAAAAUUCGGUGGAGAUUUUAGUCAUUCAUGACGGAAACAAUGGCAUUGAGUGGAAACUGUAGGACUAACCCUAUGUCCAAAGAACAAGGAUCUGUUCAGAAUAGUUUCCCAGAUGUUGUAGAAUUAAAUGUCGGGGGACAGGUGUAUUACACGCGUCAUGCAACGUUAGUAAGCACCCCGAAUUCCUUGCUGGGCAAAAUAUUCUCACCUAAGAAGGAUGCCACAAAUGAUUUGGCGCGGGACCCUAAGGGACGCUAUUUUAUCGACAGAGAUGGAUUUUUAUUUCGAUAUGUGUUGGACUACCUCAGAGACAAACAAGUUGUACUGCCCGACCAUUUUCCAGAGAAGGGGAGGCUUAGGAAAGAGGCGGAGUACUUCCAGUUGCCAGACUUUGUCAAACUAUUGACGCCCGAAGAUUUAAAACACAGUCCAGACGAAUACUUCCACAGUGAUUUUGAAGAUGGUUCUCAAGGCAGCGACCACAAGAUGUGUCCGCCUUCGUCACUGGUUCCGGCAGACAGAAAAAGUGGAUUCAUUACGGUUGGGUACAGGGGCUCUUGUACAAUAGGCAGAGAGAGUCAAACCGACUCCAAAUUCAGAAGGGUCCCGAGGAUUUUGAUUUGUGGGAGGGUUGCGUUAGCCAAGGAAGUUUUUGGGGAGACCUUGAACGAGAGUCGAGAUCCGGACAGGACACCGGAUCGAUAUACUUCCAGGUUUUACCUGAAGUUCAAACACCUUGAGAGAUCCUUUGACAUGCUGUCCGAGUGUGGUUUCCAGAUGGUUGCCUGUAACUCUUCAGUCACAGCGUCAUCCGUGAAUCAACACACAGAAGACAAGAUCUGGUCAAGUUACACUGAAUACAUCUUCUAUCGUGGCACCUCUCGGUGGUCCUCCCCACCCUGCGACUGCUGCUGCAAGAACCACAAGGGUGAUGGAGAGGGCGAGAGUGGCACCUCCUUCAAUGAGCUCUCCACCUCCAGCUCUGAGAGCCAGUCAGAGGCCAGCUCACCCCAGGGCACCAUCAUCUGUGGGCCAGUCAACCGGCAGUCCCACUCCCAUGUCCAGACCCUGGACCGGCCGCUGAAGAAGGGCCCAGUGCAGAUGCUGCAGCAGUCAGAACAGCGCAGGAAGAGUGAUCUCCUCCGCACGCUCACCACUAGCUCCCGAGACACCAGCACCUGUAAGAAGAGGCCAGCUAAGGAGAAGAUGACCAUUGAGGAGGAGCUGGAGAAGUGCAUCCAGGACUUUCGUAAGAUCAAGAUCCCUGAACGCUUCCCGGAGAGGAAGUACAUGUGGCAGGCGGAGCUGCUGAGAAAGUACCGUCUCUGAGACUGAGCCAGGUCAGCUUCUGUAGGUGUCACAGAGAGGGAGCCAGGCUAGCUGCUGUAGAAGUGACAAAGACAAGCAUAAAACCAUGACUGUUUAGCUAACUGUAUGUAUUGUAUGUAUGUAUGUAUUGUAUGUGUGUAUGUAUGUAUGUUUGCACGUAUGUAUGUUCUAAUAUAUGUACAGUACCUUCAGAAAGUAUUCCUACCCCUUGACUUAUUCCACAUAAUGUUAUGUUACGGCUUGAAUUCAAAAUGGAAUAAAUUGAUUUUCCUACCCAUCUACUCACAAUGCCCCAUAAUGAAAAAGUGAAAACAUGUUUUGAAAAUAAAAUACUGAAAUAUCUAAUUUAAAUAAGU